AUGUGUGACGACAAUGUUGUCGCAGGAGAAUCAGGAUCACAACAACCCAAUAUGACUUCACCAUCGCCCAAAGAUAAACCAGCUGAAAUUGCAGCAAAAAAACGUGGAAAAAAAAGCAAAGCCAAGACUUCUGCUGGACUCACUUCGGCUGCAGAUAAAGACGUCUCGGAGUUGCUCACUGAGGAUGAAGAUGAGACCCACACAGACUGCACUACUGGUCAAGUUGGAACAUCGACUGAACCAGGAAUAAAUUCGCCGUCUGCAUUAGAUAAUUCAUCAUCAUUAUCACCAAUUUCACCUAAAACAAAUUCACUGUGCUGGAAUUUGUUUGUCAUUGUAGGCGUAUUCGUUCUCAUUAUAGGCAUACUUGCCGGAUUUUGUUGCGUGACAAAUAAAGACUCGGAUACAUAUCACAAUGGUGAUGAUUGGCGUGAGAAAGUUGAUCCUGAGAAUGUACUCUCAUCAGGUCAAAGAAGUACAAUAUGUGCUUCGUUAAGACCAAUUCUCGAUAAAUCUUUCAAAACCGAAGAAGAUAGUGUAUCUACUCUAUUAAUUUUAUCAUCGAAUGAAAAAUAUGCUGCAGAUCUAGCUCGAUGUAUCCUAGCAUUAGUCAAUACUGACAAGCAUAAAGAUAAGGUAUCGACUGAAAUCAAUCUUCCAUCGUAUCUUGGUGAUAAAAUUCGAUUAGACACAAAUAUGAAGUCUUUACUUCAGACGGGUGAUACGAUACGAGCUCUCCUGUUACGUCAUAUUGAUAAUACCUUAUCAAAUGAUGGAUUCGAACAACUUCGUCUUUUAUUUGCUUAUUGUGAUGGUGAAAAUCCUGUGAUUUCAAAUCGAUUGAUAAUUAUGACAGCAACAAGUCUAGAUGAAAGUGAAUUGCGUGAAAAAUUCAAAAUACAUUGGCCACAAGAACAUGAUUUUGUUGAUGCGCUUAUGGCUCGUAUUAGUGGACACACACUGUUUGUUGAAAACGAUCAAAAAUCUAUUUGUUGA